GGCUUGUGGAGUGACCAUGGCUGAACGGAAGACGACGUAUGUCCGACCCCGUCUGCCCAGCCUUGCUGCCACCGAUGACAUUGUCUUCCAGGCCAUUGACGCACGCGUAGCUGCCUUCCACCCCACCACAGGCCAUGAGUUGAUGCUCUACGAGGGGGCUUUCGUCACCAUGGCUGCCGAUGAUGACUUUCUCUACACCACCAAUAGGCACGAGCUCCAGGCGUGGAAUCUCAAAACUGGACUCGUGGUCCGCACCAUCGAAGUUUUGCCCGAGCCUCAGGGCGGUAAGACGCUCCGGAGCCUGCAUGUCGACUCUGAGGCUCGCAUCGCCUUUGUGCAGGCUUGGGGCUCCGAUUGCCGUUCCGUCGAUGACUCAGCCAUCUAUGCUUUCAACAUGCGGACCGGAAAGCAGGUUGCCAAGUAUGUCGGCGGCUCGCUGACUGUCGAGAUGUCGGCUUCAGACGAGUCGGACGAGGUCCGUGAGGGCAUGUCGUGUCUGGCGGUCUCACCUACUCUUGUCGCCGCCGGCUGCUUUGACCGCAACCUCUAUAUCUUCAACCGGGAGACGGCCAAACGGGUCCAUGUCCUGAGUGGGCACGGCGCCGACAUUGACGCGGUCGGCUUUGUCCGCGACAACUCGGUCGUCUUCUCCGUCUGCACUGCCGAUGACGAUCCGCUUGUCCGGUUCUUUGACGUCGAGUCUGGCGAGCUCAUCGGCGCCAUCAACGAGCACCCCGAUCUCCCAUAUGCUGAUGUCCAGAACCUUGUCUUUACAGGUGAGAAUGACGAGGUUGUUGUCUGCUCUUGCGACUCGGAGAUCCGAGUCUGGCACUGGCCGUCCGAGACCCUGCUUCGCAUCAUCACCCUGCCUUCGCUCGAAGGCAUGGGUCGCUACGAGCUCAUCGAGGACAUGGUCCUCAGUCUUGAGCUGCAUACCCUGUUUGUGGCCAUCAACAAGUACGUCCUUGCUUUUGACAUCCAGGGCCUGUUCGACGUUGCCGGCGCUGCAUCCGAGAUGCCGGCGCGCGAUGCUUCGCCGGUGUCCGACUCGAGCUCGAGCUCGGGCACGUCGAGCUUCGAGCAUGCUGCUGCGGUGCCUCCGCCGUCGUCGGGGGGCGUUGUCCGCGUCGCCCCGCCGUUGCUGUGGAGCCACACGGUGCUGCAGGACGGCAUGCGCGAGUACACCAACGAAGAAGAGUUUACCGCUCUGACUAUGGUGGCGUCGACGCUCUCGCCACUCGGCUACGUCAUCAUCGGCAACACGAAUGGGCACUCGCCGCCGCGCGCCAUCGCACCGAACACCGGUGAGAUGCUGCUAACCUAUGUCUCGUCCAUCGGGCUUCCGAUCAACGUCGUUGCCAUCGACCAUGACCGUGGGUGGCUCUGGAUUGGAGGCGAAGAGCGUGACGUCAUCGCGUAUGCCAUGCACGGCAGCUUUCCCGAGAUGGCACGGCUUCCGAUGGGCGCGUCUGUCUCCACGCUCAAACUUGUGCCCGAAGCCGACCUCCUGGUGGCGUCGUCGUCCAACUCAGUCGUGGAAAAGUACGUGGUGUGGAAGCUGUCGACGCUUGAACCGCUCUCGCAGAUCAUCGACGAUGGCGACACCGAUCUCUACUUUAACGACGACUACACCGUGCUGGCCGAGUCCAAGGAGCUUCUCCUUGUCGGUCACGAUGGUGUGUACCGAUUCGACGUCGGGAGUGGGGUCAACAAUUCGCUCGUUCUCUCAUACCCGUUCCACGCCACCGACUUUGUGGCGCCGGUCGUGCCCACCACCCAUCCCGAGUGGGUCAUUGCCGCCGGCGAGGGUAAGAUUCUGGUCUUUGACUUUAACUCGGGCGAGCGACGGUUUAAGCUGCCUGUGGGCCACGUCAAGGCGUCAGGCGGGUACUGGCGGCCAGAGUCGAUUUCGCAGAUGGUGGCGACCAAGGGCUAUCUCAUUGUUGCUGCCAAGACCAUCCGGAUGUACUCUUUGGAGCGGAAUCUGGAACUUACGCGCGAGAUCGAGGUGCCCGGCCGGGCCAGCAUCGGAUCCAUGCUUGUCUCGCCUUCGACCGACCGGCUGUAUGCAGAAGGCAAGCGGAGUCACCGGUCGAUCUACGCGUUCCGGCUUUCUACCGGAGAAAAGGUCCGCAUUUACCGCGGGCCACACUCUGUGGCGUGGAUGCAGCUUGCCGGCGAGGACAAGGUGCUUCUUGGGCGCGACGCCAAGAGCAACAAGCUCUUUGUGUGGGACACUGACUCGGACUCGCCGGUCGCGGAGUUUAACGACUACCACGAGGGUGUUAACGCCGUGGUCGAGGAUCGCGGAACGCUGUACGGGGUCUCGACGUACAUUGGUUUCCGUUCACUCUCGCAGUGGCGGCGGUACGGGGUGGUGGCGCGCGGCAAAUGCCGCGAAGAGUCGCAGAUCACCCGGAUUAAGGAUAGGUACGGCUCGUGCUGCCGGUUCAUCUCAUCGGUCAUCUUUAUGAUCAUCUCGUUCCUGCAGCUUGUCGGCUUUGCCUUCACGGCGUCGAUCAAGUGGCCAGACGAGUACGAGUCGGUGAAGAAGGCGACGCAGGCGCUGCUUGCGCUCGGCACUACGGACAUCUUUGACUCGUUUGAGGUCCGCUUUGCCGUUGCCGCCGUCCUUGCUGGCAUCUUCCUCUGCGCGUUCCAGGUCCAGGAGAAAUUUGAAAAGGCCAAGUUCAUGCGGCCGGGGUCGGCGGUACUCAAGAUGGGAUGGCUUUCGUUUGAGUUUAUCAUGGGCCUCCUCGCAUCGACAGCGUUUCUUCCGGUCUUCCAGACGCUCUCGGGCGCGUUUGACUGCGUAAGUGAUCCGGGAGACGGCCGCGCCAAGGUCGCCGACGCCACUGCAAACUCGCCGGACACGCCGACGAGCUUGGUCUGCUGGAGCUCGGGCCACACACCGAUGGCGAUUGUGGGCGGCGCGCUUGGUUUGUACUUUUUGUCGUGGCGCUUCGCUUCUGGCGAGUCGGCGGCGAGCUCUCGUCGAUCGAGGUCAAGCUUAACCCGUUCAACUGGCGCGACGACGCCAUGACCUUUUUCGAGCACGCUCACCCGCUAGAGUCGUCGCGCGAGGGUUACAUCUUUGGCAUGGUGCUGCUGGUGGUCAAGGUCGCGCUCACCCUCAGCGUCAUUCUCCUCUCGACUUCUGGCUACCUCAUCGCGUUUCUGGGCAUUGUGUGCUCGCUGGCCCUCUCGAUUGUGACUCUCUUCUUUCCGCCGUUCAAGACGCCGUCGGUCAACGGCAUCCAGAUGGGGCUCGACAUGUCGCUGCUGUGGACAUUUGUGUGCGCGCUACUGACGCUCGUCCUCAAAAAGUCAGUGGCGCUCUUUGUGCUCCCGCCGCUGGUGUUUGUCAUCUUCAACCUCGCCCAAGUCCUCAUGUGGUACCGCGAGUACCGGCGGCGGAACGACGAGCGGCCCGAAGAUGAGGAGACACCCAACUCGAGCUCGUCGUCUAUCUCGUCGUUCAUGGCGUCGUCCACAACGUCCGACUACAUGCCCGGUCCGAUGCCUCCCAAGCGGGAGCCGCCAGCCGGGACCCGGCGGUCGACUCCGCGCGCGGUUGGCUCCGGUUCGGAUGGCUGGAGCGACAUUCCCGGAGAAGACGACGACGUCGCCGUCGUCUCUGACGACGACGGUAUUGGCGGAAGCGAUGGCAGCGAGGCACCCGGAGGUGGAAAGGAGCCACGCAAGACCACGCUUGACCUUGGCCUCGACCUUGACCUCGACCUUGACCUCGACGACUCGGGCGACGCACUCCCGCUCGACCUCGCGACCGACUCGGACUGGUAAUCUCAACUGAGGAAGUUGACCUCAACUAAGGAAGCCGGCGAGCGCCACCUGGGCGGCGGAAGCAGCCUCUGCGGUGAUUGUACGCAUCUGCUGUUCGGUGAUGAUCUGCUGAGAGUCGGCGAACGGAGCCAAGGCGUUGCGGAUGGCCUCGGAAAAGGCCUGGAUCGCGACAGUGAGCGCAGCGUCCUGACCUGGCAUGAGGGUCUCAGUAAACUUGCGGAGGGCAUUCC